AUGAAGAAAAAAUAUCAGGGCUCAUCAAGAGUGAAGCGUGCACAGCUUCAAGCCUUGAGAAGGGAUUUUGAGACUCUACAGAUGAAAGAUGGCGAGUCCAUUGCCAGUUAUUAUGCAAGGACUAUGGGGAUAGCAAAUAAGAUGCGAUUUCACGGUGAAAAGAUGAAAGAUGUGGCUAUUGUUGAGAGGAUUCUACGUUCAUUGGCCGCAAAAUAUGAUUAUGUGAUUUGUUCAAUUGAAGAAUCAAAAGAUAUAGAUAAGUUCCCUCUUGAUGAACUCCAGAGUUCCUUAUUAGUCCAUGAACAAAAGAUGAACCGAAGUUCAACUAUUGAUGAGCAAGCUCUAAAAGUUUCUACCUUUACUCAGUUCUCAAACUAUAGAGGAAAGGGUAAAAGUAGAGGUAGAGAAAUGGGAGGUGGGAGUGCCAUUGGGUAG